ACGGGGCUCUUUAAGUUGCUGAGCGCGCGACACAGAGCAGCCAUUCAUUCCGGACAGCCGCAGGAGCGCGAGCCGCUCAGAGAGAGAGAGAAAGAAAGAGGGAGGGAGAGAGAGAGAGAGUGAGAGAGAGAGACAUAGAGAAAGAGAGAAAGAGAGAACGUGUGUGCGUGAGCGGAGGAUAGCGCACACACACACACACACACACAUACACACGCACACGCACGCGCGCGCACGCCGUGAUUCCGGUCCAGCGCCGUCACGAAGUCAGUGUGAGGUGGCUGCUGAAUGGACUCACCUUUAUACGUCACCAGGAGAACCACAUCAGGAACCUGGAUGGACGCAUCAUCCUAAUUAAAGUUCAUUAGGCUACAAAGAGAGAUAAAUUAUUCACUGUGCAGUAGACUUUACUCCAGAGGAAGAGGUCAGAGGUCAGAGUGAGAGAUUUACUCAUCAUUGUGGUGAAUAGGUCAGAUCACCUGGAGAGUGUAGAAGAUGUCGGCUGAAGAACAGAGUCUGUCGGAGGUGGAGUUGAGUCCUGGAAUGUCGGACGAUGGCGGCUCCGUGUCUCCGGGGCGGGCGGGUCACGCAGGAGACUCUCAGCUGGUGUCAGGAGGCGGGGCAGAGGAGGAAGGGGCAGGACUGUCUCACGCUGGAGUCUCAGUAAAAUCAGACGAUGAUGACGAGCGCUUCCCCAUCGGCAUCCGUGAGGCGGUCAGUCAGGUGCUGAAUGGGUAUGACUGGACGCUAGUGCCCAUGCCAGUGCGCGUCAACACGGGCAGCAAGAGCAAACCGCACGUUAAGAGGCCCAUGAACGCCUUCAUGGUGUGGGCUCAGGCCGCACGCCGUAAACUUGCAGACCAGUACCCUCAUCUACACAACGCUGAGCUCAGCAAAACACUCGGCAAACUGUGGAGGCUCCUGAACGAGAAUGAUAAGCGGCCGUUCAUCGAGGAGGCGGAGCGUCUGAGGAAGCAGCAUAAGAAAGAUUAUCCGGAGUAUAAAUACCAGCCCAGGAGACGGAAGAACGGGAAGCCGGGAUCCAGCACGGACAGCGACGCCCACUCUGAAGGUGAUGUCACUCACAGCCAAUCACAUUACAAGAGCCUCCACCUGGAGGCAGGGCAUGGUGCUGGGGCAGGGUCUCCUCUCUCUGAUGGACACCACACACACCCUGCAGGUUCCAACCACAGCCCCCCGACUCCUCCCACUACGCCCAAAACAGAGCUCCAGGGUGGCAAAUCAGGCGAGGGGAAGAGAGAGGGUGGGGCCAGAGGGAUGGGAGUGGGUGCAGAUGGAAGCUCUGCCUCUUCGACUUCUUCCUCUUCCUCGAAACCGCACCUGGAUUUCGUGAACGUGGACAUCGGCGAGAUCAGCCAUGAAGUGAUGGCCAACAUGGAGCCGUUUGAUGUCAAUGAGUUUGACCAGUACCUGCCUCCUAAUGGGCACCACCCAUCAGGCUCAGGCUCUGCCUCCUGCCCCGCCCCAUCUCCUUCUCCUUACUCCUACUGGCUGUCAAAACAGCAGCUAAGCUCGGAAGGUGGGAAACCACAGAUCAAGAGCGAGACGCAUUUCUCGGGUAAUGCUGACGCUUCAGUGGGUGGGGCUUCCACAUCAGGGGGUGGAGCAUCAGCUCAUGUCACUUACACACCUCUCAGCCUGCCUCAUUAUGGCUCUGCCUUCCCCUCUUUGGCCUCCAGGGCGGCACCGUUUGCUGAAUAUGGAGAUCACCAAGCAUCCGGAUCAUAUUACACACACUCAGGCCAGUCAGGGCUUUACUCCGCCUUUUCCUACAUGAGCUCUGCCCAGAGGCCCAUUUACACUGCCAUCACUGACCCCGCCCCUGGGAAUAGCCCCACCCACUGGGAACAGCCUGUGUAUACCACCCUGACCCGGCCGUAACACACACAGACACACACACAAGAGAAAGAGACAUGAUGAUGAUGACGAUGAUGUAAGAAACAUACAAAGAAACUAACUGAUGAUGAUGAUGAUGAUAAAUAUGUCAAACUGUCGUUGUGGCUGAUCACACACAAAUAUAACACAAAUAAAACAAAAAUAAAACACACACACACACAAUUAAACACAACAUUUUUCGUUGCUCAUGUGGAAUGGAAUUUGAGUGUGAGUGUUUCUGAAGGACCUGCACAUUUAAACAUCAAACUUUAUCUUUAUUAUUGUUAUUGUUAUUAUUAUUAAUUAAUAAUUCUUUCUUAUUAACCAAAACAAGGCCAUUUUCUUAGUUGUUGUUGUAAUCCUUGCCUGUUGAUUGCUUUUGUCCUCAUGACCACCACUGAACUGCAUGUUGGUGAUGAAACGAGUUUGUGUACAUAUUUUAACGAUAGCGAGGUGGAUCGAUCUGUCUAUAUGAUAACAAUACUGUAACAGUUUUCAUUUCCUAAACGACUUUGCAUUGUUUUAUCGUACACAGCGAGAGAGGAUGUGAAACGCCAACCACGAGUGCCUACAGCACACUGAAACUCAUUUAGAUGUUUGUGUGGUGGUGUUUUUUUUUCUUCAAAUUUAUAAUGUUAAAAUGAACAUUUCUUUCAUAAAUGACAGAAAUUCAGCUAGAGAACUGAUGAGGGGUGGAGCUUGUACAUGGUGGGAGGAGCACCCACUCACAUGAUGUGCCUUGGUCUACUCUGACCAUGAACAUUUAAUGAUUUAUUACAUGGAAAUAUUGUUGAUAUUUUCACUCUCUUUUUAAAAUUUCUUUUCUAAUUUUAACGUUAGUGUUCAUUCGUCUAUAUUCAGUAGGACUACACACACACACACAUAUAUAUAUAUAAAAUAUACACAAAAAUAUACAAAAUGUUAGAGAAUCUACACACAGUAGGUGGAGCUUGUUUUAUUUAUAUUAUUGUUUUUAUUCUGUUUUCCUUUUAAGUGACUUUUUUGUGUUACACGUUGUUUUGUGUACGAGUUUUUUGUUAAUGUGUUCCAGUAGAAACUAACGACACACAUACUAAAUAAAACUCAGUCCUCUUUUCUAUGAAAAAUAAAA